AUGUCUCCAUUCGCUUUCUUGCUGCUCUGCGUUCAAGCUUGCUUGAUCCAGAAUGUUUACAGUGAGUGCCUCGGAGCCGGUCUUGGUUUUGGCUACGGUCCAGGAAUCAUUGGCGAAAACGGACUAGGAUGCGGACCCGCUUUGGCUACUGAAUUCGGUUACGGACCUGGACUCGGUCUCGGCUACGGCCUCGCUGGCCCCGCAGGUCUGAUCGGUCCCGCUGGACUCGUCGGCCCCGCUGCCAUUGCUGGCCCGGCCUACGGAGGCACCGGCAUCGGUGACGUCGCGGUCGCUGGUGAGAUGGGCGUUGCCGGUACCACCCUGGUCGCUCUGGCGGUGUCGUCUCCAUUGCCGGAAGUUGCGCUGGUGGAUGCGGCUGCAACGGUGCCUACCUGUACUGAAACAAGAACUGUGCCCGUCGAA